UUAAGUAGUACUUUCAAGUAUUUUUUACUUAAGUACUUUACACCACUGGUGCGUGCAUGCAUGCGUGGAUGUAGAUCUGUAGCAUCUGCUGUUAUGUUGAAGGAGUAAGCAUUGUUAUGUUAGUACUGAAAUAUUAUCCGACCUGUCAGAUGAAUUUGAGAUCUAAAGUUGACUCUUUAGACCAAGGGAUUGCAGCCAACACAUAUAAAAGCAGUUUUUAGUCAACUACUCUGGCAUUGUCUCCAAAGACAAAAACCCUCCUUGUCUUUUAGACUUUUUUGUUUGUGCUGCUGGUGAUCAUGCCGAAAAUAAAACAAACAUGACAUAGGAAGGAAAAGAGCAGCAAGCCAAACAAUAUAGAGAGCAGGAGAAAGUCAAAAUAGGGAAGCCAUUCUUUCUCAGAGCUUGGACUAUUGCUAUUAAUAAUGGGUCGACCCUUAUCCUGAUGUAAUCUCUUAAUAUUACAUUGUCCUGUGACCUUGGGGCAAAAUAUGGCCAAAAGUAUUCAAUGGGCUUUGAGUGACAUGAAAGAAUGGUGUUGAAGCUUAAAGGAAAGGACAUGAUGUCAAACUAAUUCUGAGACAUCCACAGUUAGAUGGUGCUGACGCCUUUGCACACACUAUAUAUACCUUUCUCGUUAACCUUUUGUAGAAGCAGUUGACUUUAGACACUUAAAUAAGUCGCUUGAUAAAUAACGAAGCUUUGAAUGAUCAGUGGCAAUUAUUCGGUCGAAGCUAAUUCUACAAAUUGUUUAAAGACAUAGGACUAUGCUCUUUGAAAUUGGAAAAAAAAAUGGUCUUAAGUAGUCUCUUAAAAGUAAGUAAGUAAAAGGGACUGAACGAUUCAGGAGGAGUCCAAUACCCUCAUUGGUCAGACUUCUAAAAGUAAAGUGUGGAAUUGCUGAUAGACUAUAAGGAUAGGCUAAAGAUGAUCCAAAUGUCCAAACCCUUUAGUCUAUAGCUCCCAGGUGGCAAUAACUGGGAGUAAAGGAUGUGUGUGUGUCCACCAAGACAUAACAUAACGAAGUCAUGGCUGGUUUACUCUACCGUUACAGUACCUCUACGGAAAGCUAUCAUUCAGGUACCAGACUUUAGUAAACCCUGCUGGAGAGACGGUUCACCUUUUUGAAGUUGUAUCUUGUUUUCUACUUUAAAAUGUGAACUAUCCCUGAUGGGAAUAUUUUGACUUUGUGACUAACUGGUCUGUAUGAGGAUUGAUUAUGUUAAUAAUCACUUAUUUAUGAGCAGGGUGGGGAGGUAAAGGCCCCAGUGGACUGUCUCCCCUAUUUUUAAUUAGUCAGGGGGCUAAGAGUCAAGUCUGCUUAGGAAAGCGUGAGUCAAAAUCCUCAUGUUGCUGUGACUGACCUAGAGGGACCAUACUGUAUGUACGCCAUGACACCAUUAUUUGGUUAACACAGACAUAAGACAAAAAGCGGAAUAAAGGAUUGUGUGCCGUGCUUUCCUUAUAUCACAGAACAGAAAGAACCCCCCUGUCCUCUCCUAUCAGGUGUCCCAGAGUGUUUUCAAGGUAUUUCCCCCUUCCCUCUCCGUUCAACAGCUGCCCUCAGUGUCACCGGCACAGAAAUAUAAUUACCAUAAGGGACAUUCCCAUUUAAGUCAAUGUUCUGUGUAGCCAUGAGCGUGACAUUGCCGCGGUCUGAGGGGCUUUGUCCAUUCUAGUCUUCCUAUUUCUAUGGACUCCAGACAAGCACCAAGCACCGUAAAGCGAGCAUCAUUGUUCUCCUUUCCGAGGUAAACAACAGAAGGAGCAGGGCGGAAGGGCAGAGGGAGCACCUUCUUCCUCCCUAAAGUACCCCCAGCUGCCAAGACCCAAGUCAGGUACAUUGUCCUGGUGCUGAUCAGGACUGCUUGGCCUGCUUGGUGUGAGAAAAAAAACGAUUGAAGGGUUGGUGUUUUUUCUCAAAGCGCAGAGAUGAGCUUUUUUGAAACUUGUUUUCUCGCUCGAGUAUGGGCGAUUUUCUUUGAAGUGCCUUGGCAGUAGGAAAUCAUAUUGUUUGACAUCGCUUCCUCGACUGCCUACGGGGAGACAGGAUGGCGACCGAGACCCCUCAGACAGAAAUGUAAAGGGAGGUCCUUCCAGAGGUGUGGUGUGUGACGGGUGAUGGCCGACUGGAGUCUCCUGGGAAACUUCUUGGAAGAGGUGCAGGAACACUCRACGUCUGUGGGCAAGGUGUGGCUCACCAUCCUCUUCAUCUUUCGUAUUCUCGUCUUGGGCACGGCCGCUGAGUCGUCAUGGGGCGACGAGCAGGAGGACUUCACCUGCGACACGGAGCAGCCCGGUUGCGAGAACGUUUGUUACGACACGGCCUUCCCCAUCGCCCACAUYCGCUACUGGGUGCUGCAGAUUGUCUUCGUGUCCACACCGUCGCUCAUCUACAUGGGCCACGCCAUGCACACAGUGCGCAUGGAGGAGAAACGCCGGCGCAAGGAGCAGGAGGACCAGGGGGGAGGUGACGGGGAGGAAGGAGGGGAAGGAGGAGAGGAGAAGCAUUAUCUGGAGCACGGGGAAGACAAGGGGGGAGAGUGCGGGAAGGAGGGCAGCGGCAUAGGGAGGGUGCGUCUGCGCGGGGCGCUGCUGCAGACUUACGUGUUGAGCAUCCUGAUCCGGACGCUAAUGGAGGUGGUCUUCAUCGUGGUGCAGUACAUCCUCUACGGGGUCUUCCUCAACGCCCUGUACGUGUGCCACAGUCGGCCCUGUCCCCACCCGGUUAACUGUUACGUCUCGCGGCCCACAGAGAAGAAUGUGUUCAUCGUGUUCAUGCUGGCCGUGUCGGGCGUGUCGCUGUUCCUCAGCGCCGUGGAGCUCUACCACCUGGCCUUUAAGCAGUGUCAGAGGUUUCUGAGGAGUAAACGACAACAGCAACAACAACAGCARCRWCARCUGCUACAAGGACGCACRCCCUCAAGUGCUACGGUCAUCRCCGCUGAACCUGACAGCCCACSCCGUCCAUCCAUGCCCUGCACCCCGCCCCCAGACUUCAGCCAGUGUGUUAGCUCUCCCCCUCACACACACCCCAUGCAUUCCCAAUCCCACCCCCAUCCUAGCUGCCCCCCCUUCAACAACCGGCUGGCCCACCAGCAGAACUCAGUCAACAUGGCCACUGAGCGCCACCGUGUUGUUCACAAUGACCUGGGGACGGAAGACUUCCUGCACAUGACCUAUGAGGGGCACGCCGACGCGACCAGCGCCUGCACCCCGCCCCCUUCGCUGCUCCAAAACGGCUUCCAAAAUGGCUUCCUGAAAGAAAAGAGGCGUCUGAGCAAGACCAGCGGCUCCAGUAGCCGUGUGCGACCUGACGACUUGGCUGUAUAGCCCCAAUUCCCAACACACACACUGUUCCUGGAUCGUUUCAAACACACACUCACACACACAAGACUGGGAUGGCUAUGGCUCAUCUGUUGUGGGGGACUAAUUUGAGCACUGCAUGGCAUGAGUCAACGAAGUCACAAAGUAUCACAAGUCAUGAAACGGAAUACUCGAGCUAAUCAGAAGUCCUGAAAUAUGGAUGCUUGAGGAACAAUUGACAUACACAUUGGCACUUAGAUAUCAUUAGUAUGGGUCUCAGUCAUGGUUUUGAGACAUGGAUCCACGGGCACAACACAGCUGUAGAGGGGUUAGUGCCUUCAUAUUUAGCCCUCAGGACUAAUCCCCUAAUGUGACUGUCUGAGACAUCUGUCUGGAUGCGUCCUAAAUGGCACCCCAUUGCCUAUAUUGAGGCAGGUAGCCUAGUGGUUAGAGUGUUGGGCCAGUUUACAAG